UAUUAAUCUAUGGAGAUGCCAUUGAUUGUUUACGAGUUUUACAAUUAGAAAGGGGCGACAAUUUUUUUUUAAUUUAUUGAAAAAGUCGCUUCCUUUUAGGGAGAUUUGGGUCUCCCGGGCCUAAAACAUGUUCUACAAGAAUCCAUAAUUCAGUUACACCCAGUUUCGCCUUAAAGAAAGACCCAUUGAUAAAACCCCCAAAAUGGAUUUAGCUGAAACCAUGAAAAACGUCUUGGCCAAAGGAUUACAGCAGGCCUCGGUUAGUGACUUGCCAGGGUCUGGAAUGGGAUUUCCUGGGGCUGGUUAUGUCACAGAGAAACUUUACAUGCUUCUUCAGUUGUAUUUACAAAAUAAAGGAUGGAAUCCAUCGGUUGAACUGCUACAGUGCUUCACAGAAUUGAAGGAGUCAAGUAUGCUGCCCAGUGCCACAUAUUUACAGAUGAUGACUUCUAGAGUUACUUUAGACUCUCAAGGUAGACUAAUACUUAGAGAAAAUGGUAAAAUAAUAUUGCCAUUUGAGCAUUUUGCCAAUGCAGUGAUGUUGAAGCAUAUGAAUGGGCCGCACGGUCUUCAUUUGGGUGUGGAAGCAACUGUCAGAGCAGUUAUGGAGUCUUACACUAUAGGUCGAGAAAACUUUGGCAUGGAAAAAGAAUUCAUUAUAGAGGUGGUACAAAACUGCCCGAACCCAGCUUGUAGAUAUUACAAAAAUCAAAUGGAACUAACUCAAAAAACCUUGCAGCACUUAGCUCCAGGAUACCUUGGGGAAAGGAGUUCAAACAGUGGGGAUAUCAGGGGCAGAUUAGGGGCAGUAGAUUUAAGUGGGCCUCAGCCCUUAGAAUCAAAGUCUCAAUCUCAUAUGGAGAGACCAAAGUCGGUGGCUCCAACUCAACAAGAAAUUACUGCCGCUCUACUGCAACAACAAAGCAGAGUUAUUGCACAACAAAACCUUGAUAAGAUCAAUGCGAAUCUGGAAAAACAAAGACAGCAGCUACACCUUCAACAGCAGCUAGACUUGGCGGCUAAACGUGAACGGGAGCAACAGAAACAGCAACAAGAACAGCAGGCCCAACAGCAAGCGGCCGCUCAGCAACAGAGAGAACAAGCUGCAGCAGCUGCGGCAGCUGCUCAAAGGGAGCAACAGGCCGCUGCUCAGCAACAACAGUCGAUCGGGCAGGCGCAGGCACAGGCACAGAAGCAACAACACUUUGAGUUGCCCUUAAUGGACCAUAAGAUUACCGAUUUUUUGAGAGCGAAUAUCGAGAAUCUUGAAGGUCUUGGAGCUUCGAACAAGGAUUUAUUAGCCCUCCAUAACGGAGCUUGGUCAUCUUCCUCGUCAAACGAUGACAAACGAUUAAACGAGGGCGGACAAGAGAAAAUUGUAAGGGCCUUCAGUGAGGUGAUGAAAAAUAUGGCCAGAAUGAAAACGUACGUCCGCCCAUCAAUGUGCAAACCAUACGGAAAGCAAUCGGAGGCUUUACAGAAAACUCUUAUGGACACAAUUCAGCUUAUCCAGUCUUUACGUAGCUUUUUGCCUCCGCCACAUAUCCAGGUGAGCUCUUGGAAGAACGAGGAUAAGCACAGAUAUGAGGAAAAUUAAUUAAUUUAUUUUUUUAAUUUAUACAAGAUUGCAAUAUCAAGACGUAUCUUUAUCCAGUUAAACUGGAACACGUACAGCUUUCUAGGGUACUUCAAAUACCUACUUAUAUGCUUAUAUACAUAAGUUUUUAUUAUAUUUUAAAUUCAUUUCGUUCCUUGUACUAACGUUGAGAAGAGAUUCGAAAGUAUUUUUGUGUGAUAUUUUCUGUGUACUUAAAUUAUUUUUCUUAUUGUUAUUUUAUUAUCGGCGGUUAGCGAUGCUAAAAAAGAAAAUUCGAGAAUGCCAAACUUUUUAUACUUUGCCAGCAUUUAAAAAAAAAAAAGAAAAGAAAAUUCGGGAAAUUGAAAGGAGGAGAGUACGGGGGAAAAUCUAGUCGUGGGAAACUGUCUUUUUUUUGUUAUAAAUUUGCUGUGAUAUAUUUAGGAAAGUGUUUUUUUAUUUAUUUUUGGGAAAUUUAGGGCGAAAUUUUAGCUGGCCUAAUACUAAUCUUGCCUAGGAACCAAAAAAUUCUUUAAACACGAACAAUGCUUUACAUUAUUAUUUUUUUGGUUGUUUUUAGUUAUUGUAUGGUACUUUAUACUUAUUCUUAAGUUACUUGUAUCCUGACGUAUUUAUUGUAACAUUAUACUGUAACAAAAUCGCCAACAAUCAUGAAAUGUGUAGGCUUAAAUAAUGGAAUCUUUAUUGUAACGUAGAAUCUCAAUGGAGAUCGCAAUUUUUUUGUGCAAUUUUAAUUUAUACCGUAAUAAAAAUUGAUAAAUAACAAAA